GAAUCCCACGCUUCGCCGCGAUAUAAAGCGAGCACGUCACCCCGUGUGCAUAAACGCCACAAGCUCUCUGUGAUCACACCCUACGCCGAGGUCCAUCUGAUCAACUCACUUUCUCCUUCACGAUGACUGACAAGUGUUUGAAAACUCACCAACGCCCGACCGGCAAAGCUAGCAAGCACAUCUUAGAGAGGCAGCGUCGAGCACGAAUCAACCAGAGCUUAGCCGAGCUAAAGAAUCUUGUUCUCUCGUCCUUGUACCAUGAUAAUCCGGAGGUUUAUAUGGAUAAAAGCCGUGAGCGUUUGGACAAAGCAGAAAUCCUUGAUUUGACUGUGAAUUUUCUUAAACAUCACAUUACAGGAACUAGAAUGGAAUCCUUCGAAAGAACAGGCCGAGAAACUGUGUUGAGUCGCGAUCAGUUCGUGGAAGACCCGCGCUUUGUAUCGCACACUGUUUGCCCUGGUUGUGCCGAUGGACGAUGCUCCAUGGCAUAUGGGCCAUACGGCGUUUCCACCCCUCCCCCCUCGCCACCACACGCACAGGUGUUCUUCGCAGGCCGAGGCGUCCACCACUACGCCAUCCCACAAUACACUGCAGCCCCAAGCUCGGAAAUCGCUAAGAUUGUGAAGAAGGAGCCCACAGAGUGUAAUGAAACGAGCUCUGUUUGGCGGCCGUGGUGAUUACCGGACCUGUUUGUGAAUUACAUGCUUGUGAAGCUAGCUAACUCCCUACGGUAUAAUUAAGACGGUAUAAAGAGGGAAUUUGAAUUAUUUGUUACAACAACAAAGACAAUUGACAAUCAUUUUUUGUAAAUAUUUAUUGAAUAAAAAAAGUUAAUACUG